AUGUCAUCUGUUAGUAUUCUUGGUCUUGGAGCUAUGGGGACAGCCCUGGCCUCUCGAGUCGCUGUAUGGAAUCGAUCUCCACAAAGAGCAGUCCCUUUACUCAGCAAGGGCGCAAAUCUUGCCCAAACAGCGGUAGAUGGCAUCAAUGCAAGUGAUCUGAUCAUUAUCUGCCUCCUCAACAACGCUGCUGUCCAAACAACCCUCGCUGGCGCUCUUGACCAAGUCCAAGGCAAGACCAUUGUCAACCUAACAAACGGAACACCUGACCAAGCUCGCAAGCUAUCGGACUUGGUCGUUGGCCACGGUGCUCGAUACAUCCACGGCGGAAUUAUGGCCACCCCUUCCAUGAUUGGUUCACCUCAUGCUCUGAUACUGUACAGCGGGUCACAACAAGCAUUCAAGGCCGACGAACCCUAUCUGUUGGUGCUGGCUAAGUGUAUCUUCCUCAGUGAGGAUGCGGGCGCUGCUUCCCUGCAUGACCUGGCUCUACUUAGCGGCAUGUAUGGUCUCUGCUCAGGCUUCCUGCAUGCAACUGCGCUCGUGAGGUCGAGCACACCCGCCGUUAAGUUCACGGACCUCUUGGUUCCCUGGCUGGGAGCAAUGACCGAGUACACUAAAGUGAUAGCAAAGCAGAUUGACGAGGGAAAGUAUGCUAGUGAGGGAUCAAAUAUGGCCAUGCAAUUAGUUGCUAUCCAGAAUAUUAUUGACACCAGUGCGGCCCAGCAAGUCUCCGCUGAUUUCAUUCGUCCGAUAAAGCAAUUGAUGGAGAAGGCAGCUGCGGCUGGUCAUAGCGGUGAUGAUAUCUCUGCUUUGAUUGAUUUUGCGAAGGCAUCAUGA